AUGGAACGAGUCCAACUUCGUGAACGCUUUUGGAAGGUGUUCUCAAUAACUGGCAAUCUGGAAUCGAACAGAGGAAAAGGAGUCGUAGGAAUGCAACCUAUCCUCUCACCAGAAUGUCCGGUCUUCCAAUAUCAUAGUCAUGUUCAAAUACCUGUACCAUGGGCGCAUAUGUGGGGAUCAUUUCGAUUUGAAAGACAUAAUGGUACCAAUCUGGAUGUGAAGAUACCAUCAUUUCCGUUAUAUGAUCGUACAUAUUGGUCACAUUCAGACAAUCUAUGA